ACAUUGUUUUCAAACACGCCGUUGAAAACCCUCAUUAUUCCAGUUAUCACCUCACUUCCUGUAUAGAGUUUAGUAAUAGCUACUGACUUUCGGAUCUUUUCGGGCGACGGGACUGGUGCUGCUCAGAAACCCGAAUCUUCGGACCGCAGGCCCUGAUCCAGCCGAGGCCAUGGCAGACUUUUCGCUUGCUGACGCAAUCCCAGAUGAUGUUUCUGGUGAAGCAUCAAAAACUAGGCACACCAAUCCAUCAGCUCCUGGAAAUGGUGCUCCGCCCCCCACUAAUCCUGGAUGGCCUGGUGCGGCCCCUGGUGGCCCUAAUUUCCCAUCCUCAGGAGGCCCUGGCCAACCAACAGCCCCCUCUGGCUUUCCCCAGAGCGGGCCUUCUGCCCCUGGUUCCUUUCCACCCGGCCCAGGAGCCCCGGGACAGUUUCCAGGAGCCCCAGCUGCCCCGGGUGGAUACCCUCCAGGUCCGGGCGGAUACCCUCCGGGUCCGGGCGUACCUGGGCAGUUCCCCUCCAACCCUGGAGCUCCAGGACAGUUUCCCUCGAUGCCAGGUCAGUUCCCACCAGGUGGGGCACCCAUGCCAUACCCUGUUCCUGGACAGUUCCCUUCCCCACCUGGGGCUCCACAGGGCCCAUAUCCAAAUGUGCCUUACCCACCAGGUCAGUCUGGGCCUGGCAUGUACGGUCCAGGAGGCCCUGGUGCCUUUCCACCAGAUGGAGGCCCAGGAUAUGCAGGAGGAAUGUUUCCCCCAAUACCACCAGGGUCCUGGGGUACACACGGAGGGGGCUUCCCUCCUCAACCUGGCCCACCAGGAGGCUACGGUCCAGGGCCCAUGGGACCAUACGGAGGGCCUGCAGCUCCAGGUGGAAUGCUGCCAUUGCCAUACGAUCUACCGCUGCACGCAGGGAUAAUGCCCGGACUCCUGAUCACUAUUGUGGGUGAGCCAGUACCAGGAGGAGAUAGGUUCCAUGUAGAUCUUGUGAGGGGUCGUGAUGUGGUUUUCCAUUUCAACCCACGUUUCCAUGAGAACACCAUCGUACGGAACACAAAUUUUGAUGGCUACUGGGGUCCCGAGGAGAGAGAUGGAGGCUUUCCCUUUGUGCAGGGCAGACAGUUUGAGCUGAAGAUCCUGGUGGAGACAGACGGGUUUAAGGUGGCUGUGGACGGGGUUCAUCUGCUGGAGUUUGAGCACAGAGCAGGCGGGAUGGAGGAUGUCACUCAUCUGCACAUAGAGGGAGACCUUACUCUGUUCAGUGCAGCCCCCAGCAUGAUCUGAAACACAGGGAGCCGUUUGACAAUGUUGAGAUGACACAUUAAGUCAUCGGUCUUUAAAAAGUACUUUAUCUCCAAAAAAGUGGGACGAACAGAAAUGAAUAAAAGCUAUAAUGAUAUAUCUGUUACCGGUCUCUCCAUUGCAGAUUAGUCAAACACAUGAUCGCCACUUGAUCUAAACAAUUGAAAUACAGAUGUAGAACAAGUUUUGACCCGUCUGAGAGGUCAUCAGGACACUGCUGCGUGUCUAUCGCAAUGUGACGGUCUGUUUUGACCCGUCAGAAUGCAUUAUGCUAGUCAUCCUUUUGCAUGUAUACCGGAACAUGACUAAUUUUAUAAAAAAAAUCAAACGUAUUGGCCAGCCUUUCACACGCUAUGUUUAUAGUUAUCGAUCAUUAAUUCAGGAAAACUGCAGACCAGAGCUGUGACACUGUGCUGAAUUACAUCAGAUCAAAAUGGCUGAAUUAUUUUUUAUUUGGUAUGAAUGUUGGAAAAUGUUUAUUAUUUUGAAUAAAACCAUAAUAAUUAAAGCAUUGUGAUAAAGGAGAUGAGAAAGUAAUUAUGUUUGAAUAAAUGCUGUAUCACCCCAA